AUGGGUAGUGUCGAGGCAUUGUGCGUUCCAUUUGCGUAUUCCCGAAGAAGAGAUGGCAUGCUAAGAAAGCUCGUACGACGAGUACCUGUGAGAAGACCCGGGAGAGCAUCUACCGAGUCAUUGAGGUACCUGGAGAUGCUUGGAUUAUCGCAAGAUGCCAUUUUUGCACGAAUGCGGGCGAAACAGCAAGUCAACUUCGCGAGUGCUCACUUUGAGGAUAAGUGA